GAUUGCCAGAAGUGGAGAGAGAAAGUAAAAAUCAAAUUCCAAGGAAGAAAAAUCACUUCAAAUUCUGAAAACCAUGCUGUCAAUCAUGCUCUCUGGGCAGUCGCUCCACACCCACCGCUUCAAAGAUCCGAUUCGACGGCCGCGGGAAAUGAUUUGAACUCGAGACCAGGCGGACGGAGCAGAGCAUCCGAUGACAAGACGAGACGAAAGAAACACAGGCACAGAGAGAGAACAGCAACAUGGGAGACUCCACGAAGAAAUCGAAAAGGCAGGAGGGGCAUAUGGCAGCCGGAACGCCCGAAAAAAGAAUGA